AUGUCCACAAAGAAGAAUCAAGACUGUCAUAGGCCGAGUAUUAGCAAGAAAGCCAUUUCCCACAAACAGAACUCUUUUAGUAAAAGAGUUGCUGGGAACAUAGGGCUUUCUGGAUGUUGUGGAUUCAGACUACUUAAAAAGUCAGAAUUCUCGCCUUUGUACUUUCUCAAGCGUCUUGAGAGUAAGGUGGCAAAAGCUCUACACUGGAGGAGACCCUCAUCUGUAGGAAGACCAAGGCCUUUUGUAGCUCCCAUUGAUACUCACAGAACCGAGGCCAUAUCAGAGUGCAUUGAGUUCAUCAACUCCUCUUCUUCUUCUUCUUUCCAGAUGUCAAAUUCUAUUGCUGAAAAUCCUAGUUAA